AGUGAGGAAAGACAUCAGGCGGUAGAAAGAAGCAUGUUGGACCAGUGACAAAUCUGUCCUUGGGUUAGACCAAGACCUUCACACACAAAACAAAAAAAGCUUCGCCCUAACAUUCUUGCUGUAACAAACAAGGAACACUUCGCUUUUUCCUCUUUACGCACUGGAUUAUAACUUAACUGGAGGACUGCUUUUAUUUUUCAACACAACGCAGAAGUUUACUCCAUUUGUUUUGUGGUUCUAUUUUUUAAGGUUUGGGAUUUAUCCUUUGUCUUUUUGUGCCUCGGGACAUGAGUGAAAACGGUGUGGCUGAUAUCCACAGCAGUUGAUGAGAAAACCCUGUGAGGCGACAGAAACGUGCUCAAUGUAUCUUCCUCAGAGGGACUGAACAGGAGGAGGCACCCUGACGACAAGCCGAGCCCCAAGACUUUUUACUUUAUUUAUUUACUAUUUAUUAUGUAUUUAUUUAAUAUGGGGCGCGUCAUCCUGCUGACUCUUGCCGUCAUGUCCAUGUUGCUGUGCCAGGGGUUUUGCUCGGGAGUUUUUGAGCUGAAGUUGCAGGAGUUUCUGAACAAGAAGGGAGUACAGGGCAACAAAAACUGCUGUAAAGGAGGUCUGGCUUCGUCUUUCCAGCAGCAGUGCGAGUGUAAGACCUUCUUCAGGAUCUGUCUCAAGCACUAUCAACCCAACGCUUCCCCAGAGCCCCCGUGCACCUACGGCGGCGCUGUGACACCCGUCCUCGGCUCCAAUUCAUUCCAAGUCCCAGAUGCCAUCCCGGAGAGUUCGUUCACCAACCCCAUCAGGAUUAACUUCGGCUUCACGUGGCCGGGGACCUUCUCGCUGAUCAUUGAAGCAUUACACGCCGAUUCCAAAGACGACCUCUCCACGGAGAACCCAGACCGGGUUAUUAGCACCAUGACCACCCAGAGGCAUCUGACUGUGGGAGAGGAAUGGUCCCAGGACCUGCACACCGGGGGAAGGACCGAACUCAAGUACUCCUAUCGAUUCGUGUGCGAUGAGCACUACUACGGGGACGGCUGUUCAGUGUUCUGCCGGCCGAGAGACGACGCCUUCGGCCACUUCACCUGUGGAGAGCGCGGGGAGAUUGUGUGCGACGCCGGGUGGAAGGGGCAGUACUGCACUGAACCGAUUUGUCUGCCAGGAUGUGAUGAAGAGCAUGGGUUCUGCGAGAAACCUGGGGAGUGCAAGUGCAGAGUGGGAUUCAAAGGGCGCUACUGCGAUGAGUGCAUUCGUUACCCUGGCUGCCUCCAUGGGACCUGCCAGCAGCCCUGGCAGUGCAACUGUCAGGAGGGCUGGGGUGGACUCUUCUGCAACCAAGAUCUCAACUACUGCACUCACCACAAGCCCUGCAUGAAUGGAGCCACUUGUAGCAACACUGGCCAGGGCAGCUACACCUGUUCCUGCAGGCCUGGCUUCACUGGGGCCAGCUGUGAGAUUCGGGUCAACGAAUGUGCUGGAAACCCCUGCCGCAAUGGAGGAAGCUGCACUGAUUUGGAAAACACAUAUACCUGCACUUGCCCUCACGGUUUCUAUGGCAACAACUGCGAGCUAAGCGCCAUGACGUGUGCUGAUGGGCCUUGCUCCAACGGAGGCCGCUGUACUGACAACCCUGACGGAGGCUACUUCUGCCAGUGCCCCACGGGGUAUGCAGGGUUCAACUGUGAGAAGAAGAUUGACCACUGCACCUCCAGCCCCUGCUCCAAUGGUGCACGCUGUGUGGAUCUCGUGAACUCCUAUUUGUGUCAGUGUCCAGACGGCUUCACCGGCCAGAACUGUGACCACACCGGUGAUGAGUGUUCUGCGUAUCCUUGCCAGAAUGGUGGCACGUGCCAAGAAGGUCCUGAUGGCUACACCUGCACUUGUCCCCCGGGAUACACGGGUCGCAACUGCAGCUCCCCAAUCAGCCGCUGCGAACACAACCCCUGCCACAACGGUGCCACCUGCCACGAAAGAAACAAUCGCUAUGUCUGCGCCUGUGCUCACGGAUACGGUGGCAGAAACUGUCAGUUCUUGCUUCCAGAGCACGCUGCCAUCCGGGGGUCAGAAGUUCCCUGGAUGGCCAUUGGUUCCGGGGUGGUUCUGGUGCUGCUGCUGUUGGCAGGCUGUGCUGUUUUGGUUGGCUUUUUCCAAUCAAAAGUCCAGCGUGACGGCCAAGUAGAAACUGUAGGCGAAGCAGAGACAAUAAAUAACCUUACUAACAACUGUCACCGCAGUGACAGGGACCUGGCCAUCAGUGUGAUGCCGAUGCCAGGUGUCAAAAACAUCAACAAGAAGAUGGACUUCUGCAGCGGGGACCCCGAUGAAGGAUCUUCACCAGGGAGGAGCAGCUACAAGAGCCACCAUCUGCCUGCAGAUUACAAGCUCGUACACGAGGUCAACUACGAGCAGGCGGCCAAGGAGGCCAUGCUGGAGGCGGCCUGUGAGGACAAGGACUCAUUUGAGUUUGAGGAGAAGCGCAGCAAACGUUUAAAAUGCGAUGCAUCAGAAAAGAAAGCCCCAGAAAUGUCUGCAUGUGCGGACACCAAGUACAAAUCUGUGUUUGUGAUGUCAGAGGAGAAGGACGAAUGUAUAAUUGCAACUGAGGUGUAAGAAGCCACCAAUGGGCUGCCCGUUGUUCAUUUACUCUAUAGGAGAGUUUUUAUGCUCCUUCAGAUGCUGCUCUAAACCUAGGGGGAGGUGUCCCGCCUUGAGACUGCUGCUGAUACGUUUAACUGAUAUUCAGAGUGAGCUGGUUCUCUACUGGAAACUAAGCGCAGGCAGUGGCGGCCUGUGGGAUUAGAACUGGCAGGGUAAAAAAAAAAGUUUACAGUUCAAAGUAAACUGCUUCUUAGCUUUCUGUUCUGCCUGUUAACAGGGAGUGGUGUUUUUGUAAAAAAGAAGAAAAAAAAAGAAAAUAUAAAUGAACGCUGUCCCGUAGCGAUGAUAUACGAGUUUUGUUUUGCAACAUUUGCACCCAGGCCUUUUCUCUAACCCACACGCCGUUGCUGAGCGCAGGAACUGCAUCAAACGGUGGAUGUUUGGCCAUACUGGCCUGUUCUUCACGAGGCUGUUCUCGUGGGCUGUGCGCCCAUCACUACACCUGUGAAGACUGUAUGUAUACUUGAUCACUGUGUUAACUGAAGUGCGUUUUCUUCCCUAAGCCCUCCAAACCAUUUUAUGACAUAGUAUUGUUCAGUUCUUUUCUUCUUUGGGAUAUGAAAACUUUGUGUCGAUUAAAAGAAAAAGAAAGUUGCUUUUUGAUACUGAUUUUGUAAAAUAAAUAAAGAAAAAAAAAAGUUAUGAUUUAAAAUUAUGAUUUAAUUUAAGUUAAUUUAAUGAUUUUGUGUUGUUUUUAUUUUGUAUUAUAUACUUGUGAUGUUUGUUAUGAUUAUUUAAGUUUCUUUUUUUAAUGAUAUUUGCAAAGGCACUUCAGGUCAAUGGGAUGGUUUUUCUUUGUUUUGUUUUUUUUAAGAAAAUGUUAUUUAAGAGGGAUUGUACUGUACAAAUUGUUAUGUUACCCUUUCCUUUACCGUAUUUGAAUGAAGGAAUUA